AUGACACUGUCCACACAGAAGGUUAUGAGAUUCAGUAAUGACGUGCGGCUGAUGCUGGGCAGGGGAGUUCCCCGGUUCUUCUCCAUCAUGCUGGCCUAUGUUACACCGUGCCUCCUUACCAUCGCCUUGUUCUUGGUUCUGUGGCGGUUCCAACCCCCGACCUAUGGUGCCUAUCAGUACCCCUGGGUGUGUCAGGUAGCAGGGUGGAUCUUAGCCUCCAUGUCUGUCAUCCCUGUACCUGUCAUGGCGGCCGUCACCUUGCUCAAGGCCAAAGGAUCGUUCCUGGAAAGACUGAAGGCGAGUUGUCGGCCGACCGAGUCAUGGGGCCCGUCCUUGACGCAACAUUGGGACGUGUACAGGGAACGCCCUGGCAUCAGAAAUGACUGUUCUUGUCUGAAUCCCUGCAGACGCUAG